AUGAAGCUAGUCUGUCGUAUUCCGUGUUUGCUGUUCUUGUUUCUGAUCAUUUUUUGUUUGUCUGUGACGGCUGAGGCGAGUGCUCCAAUUGCCCCACCUGAUCCUCUGAAAAGGACUGAUGAACAGCCUCCAGAGACGGAGACUUCCCUUGAACGUAACAAAACGUGUAAAGAUGGUCAGCCUGAUUGUGAGUCUCCACAGGUAGAUUCAAUUGGAGAAUCUUCGCAAGUAAAACAUGAUACAGGAGAGGAACUACCUUCUCGACGAGACGAUGUUGCUGGUGGUGGUGAUGGUCUCUUGAAAGGGGGUAAAAAGGAUGCGCCAUCACCGCAGAACCGUGACGAUAAUACGUUAGCACGAACCAAUGACCUCGAGGGUGCUGUUGCUGCUUCUCGAUCCCAUUCUGCUGAAGAAGAAGUUGACUCAAGUCUUUCUGAAUCUCACAAAGCUCCUUCGUCGGGUGCUAAGGGUUCUCCUGAGGGAAACAAAGGCGUUUCUCAACAACAAAAUUCCCACGAACAAAGUGAUUCUCAUGUUAACGGAGAAGAAGGGGAAAGACAGAAACAACUGGGAAAUGCCACGCAGGAGGCAUUAAAACCAUCACAAGAAGCUAAACCAGGUGAAGCUUCUUCUGUACAAGAAUCUGGAUCACACGAAAAUAGAAAGCCAUUAAGCGACCUCACAUCUCAAUCACAAAAAGAAUCCACUGAUUCACAAAACACAGAGAACACAACAACAACAACACUUCCUCCUGAACUCACAAACAACAAGAAGGGUGAUGCAGACAGCAGCAGCAGUAUCAGCAGUUCUGUGUGGGUGCGUGUACCACUACUGAUUGUGGUUACACUG